AUGACAUCGUCUCCAGAAGAAGUGCUGCGCAAACAGCUCAAAGAAGUUAAAGCUGUAGGUCAAAUCUCCACCAUGACUGGCGAAGAAGUUGUUUACCUUGGCCACAGUGACCUAGAUAUGACGACCCAUGCAACACAACUUACUUCUGCUUUCUUGAAAACAGAUCAACUUUCUCGUGUUCUUAAGAUGGGAUCGCUUCAAAAAGUUAUUACCAGCAGCUUUGAUUUGCCUCAAGAUUUUGUCGAAGGGGACAGUAAUGUUAGUAAUAGUACGGCUACCUAUGAGAAUGAACCAAGUAAUGGCAGUAGCAGCAGUGGUAAUGGCAAUGGCGCUGGUCGCAGUAUUCCUAAAGACCAUAUUGUUCAAUCAAAAGUUCUUCCUGAAGAAUCUGGCCAAGAAGAAUUUUAUGAAAGUGAUGGAUUAAUAACGACUACAGCGGCUGCAAAUUUGACUGCCGCAAUUAUAGGUAAUGAUGCAAUGAACCGAGCUGUCAAAAAAAUCCUAUAA